GGGCGCUCGCGAGCGCGUCAUGCGUGAGGCGGUAGGGUCGCGCGCGAACAUAAAUGAUCAUAAAUCAUGGCUCUUCUUUCAUCUUCUUGAGCUUCCGCCCUCGGGUUUCUGUCUAACACAACCACUGUCGGCUUAUUUACUCGUGCUUCGAACACUUCGGACUCUCACUUUCUCUUUCGCCCACCUCGCUGAGUAACUGAGUUGAGUAGAAUUUAGCGCUGGUCGUUGUGUAGUCCACUGCUGAGUAGCUAAGCCUGUCGGUCAGUAAGCAGCAUUAUCUUUCUCUUUGCGUGGCAUUUCGUUUUCUCUGCCUGUCACUGUCUGCUGUUUGUGAAACGAAUCGCUUUCCUAUUGAUGGCCAGUUUU